UAACUUUAUUCUUCCAUGCCCCACCCUUAAUGUCAGCUUCCUCUACAUUCAUUCUUUCUUUCCUUUGCUAUACUUUCUCCCUUGCUUCUUCCAUCAUUCCUUCUCACAUGACCCCCCCUCUCUCUCGGACAGGAAUGCCGAUGUCCUGAAGAAUUACCAGAGCUCAAGCUGAUUCCAAAAUUGAACAAUGGCAGCCAAUACAGGUUCAGUCUUCAACAAAUUCCUCUCUUUCUUUAUCCUUCUUCUCCAUCUUGGUUGCUUUAUUUUCAAAGCCAAAUUAGAUGAUCGCCAGCCAGCCAAGAAACGCAAGAAAGUCUCUCCUCUUGCUCCCAUUUCUUCUUCUCAUUCUCGCCUAAAACCCCACAAAGCUCUCUCUUCCUCUUGGUCCUACCUCAAAAGCAUUUUCUCUGGUAAAACGUCCAAAACCCAAACUCAACCUGCAGCUCCGAUUCUAACCUCAGCAAGAUCAUCACAACAAUCCAUUGUCUCCAUGAUCCUACCUGAUCAAACUCACUUGCCCGAACUUCCACCAAGGAAAAAGUCAACUGGGUCCUGCGAAGAAUCCGAUAUCUCAACAGAUCACCAAUUCUUUCCUUUGAGAAAUGAUAUUUUUCCAUGUUCAGUUUGCGGUGAAGUUUUCCAGAAACCUCAGCUUCUUGAACAGCAUCAAGCUGUCAAACAUGCUGUCACACAGCUUCUAGACGGUGAUUCAGGCAAGAAUAUAGUCGAUAUCAUAUUUAAAACUGGAUGGUCUUGCAAAGACAAGAGCCCAGAAAUCCGUAGGAUUUUGAAGAUCCAUAAUAGUCCAAAGAUAUUGUCAAGAUUUGAGGAGUACAGAGAGUUUGUCAAAGCUAAAGCAGCGAGAAACAGUCCUAUCAAGAGACGAGAUGAGAGGUGCAUUGCUGAUGGUAAUGAGCUCUUGAGGUUUUACUGCUCAACUUUUAUGUGCGAUUUAGGACUGAACGGGGAUUCUAGUAUUUGUAACCAGCAAUAUUGCAGUGUUUGUGGGAUAAUCAAGUCUGGUUUCUCACCAAAGAUGGAUGGAAUUUCUACACUGUCUACUAGCUGGAGAGCACACAUGGCGUUCCCUGAGGAGAUUGAAGAGGAGUUCAAGUUCAUGAACGUGAAACGGGCUAUGCUAGUUUGCAGGGUCGUGGCGGGUCGGAUCGGGUGUGAUCUGGAGGGGGAUAUAGACAAGCAGGAUAGGGGGUCUGAUUCUGUCCUGGGAAGAGGUGGCAGUGGGAUCCACACGAGGUUGGACGAGGAGGAGCUGUUGGUGUUUAAUCCAAGGGCUGUGCUUCCUUGCUUUGUUAUUGUAUAUACUGUGUGAGUGUGAUCAUGGUAAUAGAGUAUGAUCCCUUCUGCUUGUGUUUUUACUUUUGAUGGAUUUUUCAUGUGUGAUGUGUGGUGGUGAUCAUGGCUUUUGAUUUUACCUUCUACUUGAUCCGUGAAUGUGACCAAAACAUGGUCAGUUGGUCUCGACCCCAUUACCCCAGAGAGUAGAUGCUGUAUAAUGUUAGUUGCGGAUUAAUUUCCCCUGAUUUGCUUCUGAUUUA